GGGAGCGGGGGGACAGCCCAGCCCCCCCGCGCCCCCCGGUCCCGCCCGGCCCGCAGCGCGGGGCACGCGGGGCUGCGGCUGCGCUGACUCCUCGGGAGCCCCGGGCUGGAGCGACCCGCGGGUCGGGGCGGCCGGGGGGCUCAGCCCCCGUGUGACAGAACUCAGUUUCCCUGGGGUGACGCGCAGACCCCAGAGCCCCUGCCGGGCCGGGCCUGCCCAGCAGGUGCGGCCGCCGCGUCCCCCCCAGACGGGUGUGCGGGCGGUGCGGGUAGCGGGGGUGCGGGCCCACCCAGCCUUGCCACCGAGCGUGCCCCCCGGUCCCCGCCGGGCUGCCCCGGCCCCGAUCUGUGCAGGCGGAACCUCAGCUGGCCCUUCCCAGCACCCCGAGCAGCCGCUUCUCGUUCCCAGGUGAGCUGCCCGCGCCGCACGGGAUGGCGAUGGCGCUGCGGGGCGUCCGGCUGCUGCGGGGGCUGCUCUGCUCCCCCUCCUGCGCCCUGAGCCGGGGGCUGCCCCAGCCCCCCGCCUGCCCGGCCCUGCUCAUGCCCCCCUGCCGGCCGGGGGGCCAGCAGCUGCUGGCACGGCAGCUUGCCACCAAGAAAGCUAAAGGCAAAGGACAGAGUCCAGCCAAGGUGAAUAUCAGUGCUGCCCUUGUUGAGGAUAUUAUCAAUUUGGAGGAAACCAAUGAAGACAUGCAGGCAGUGAUAGAAGCUCUCAAAGAAGAUUUCAACAGAAACCUCAGUGUUAGGACCUCACCAGGGGCCCUUGAUCACAUCGUGGUGGUGACAAAGGACGGGAAGUUUCCGCUGAACCAGCUGGGGCAGAUCUCACAGAAGUCACCGCAGCUCUUGAUAGUGAACAUGGCCAGUUUUCCAGAGAGCACAGCUGCAGCUACGAAGGCUAUAAGAGAGAGUGGCAUGAACCUGAACCCAGAAGUGGAUGGGACAAUAAUUCGGGUGCCAAUUCCCAAGGUAACGAGAGAGCACAGGGAGAGCCUGGCCAAGCUUGCCAAGCAGUCCACCAACAAGUCCAAAGAGGCCCUGAGAAAGGUGCGAAGCAAAAGUAUGAACCAGGUAAAGAAGUCCAAGAGCAAAGUGUCUGAAGACACCAUCUGGCUGCUAGAAAAGCAGAUCCAGCAAAUGGCAGACAGUGCUGCAGCAGAGAUGGACAAGCUGCUGGCAGCCAAGACCAAGGAGCUGCUUGGGUAAGAGCCAUCCCUACAGACACACUCCUCCCUCAAGCAAGAACUGGCUGCCACCACUACAGGGGCCAUCCCUGCCCAGAGUCAUCAGCCUCAGCAAUGGGCAGAGGUCUCUGCUGGAUCUCCAGAGCAGCUCAGUGCUUUGACUGCUCCAGUUCCUGAUCUGGGAUUGUACUGGAGGGAGGGGGGAACUCUCCUCACUGUUCCUCAUCCAGGUGGCAACAGACUUGGGUGAAUUAAGAUUAAAAAUAAAAUAGCAGGAAGAAGGACUGGAGGCUGCUGGAAGUGCUCCCACACAGAAGCUGAGGCAGAGGAGAAUGGCUGCCCUGCUGGCCCCAGUGCAUGGACAUUGCAGCACCUUGCAGCCCAGCAGAAGCAAGGACCACGUGCAAGAGGAACUUGUACUGUCCUGCUGCCAGCCUUGGCAUUUAUUUUUGCUUAAAAUUAAGUCAUAAUGUGACAUGAAGGAGCAGCCUCGGGACAGCUUGUUCCUGGUUGAUGUGUCCCCUUGAGUUCACAUGCCCCAGGAGAAGCGUUUGCCCGUUGCAGUGGCCACAGCAGUUCCCUGCAGCCUGGCCACCAGGCGUGGGGGAGCUCAACACAGACUGGUGCAGGGUGGGCAGGGGAGGUGGGCUGUGAGGUUCCCUGGGGUUCAUGGAUAGGGAACUGAAAUCAGUGUGUCAGCUUGGCUGCUCUAGCCAGGACCCAGAAGACCAAAAGCCAACAUGAGAACUUCCCAGAACCAGCAUCUGCUCUCCCUGACCAGUUAUGGCUCUCCUGUGUGAGCCACCAGAACCACAGUUUAGGGUUUGAGAAAGGCAGAAGCAGAACAGGGUACUGAGCACACCGUGCACUCAGCUCCCCACUACCAGCAGGUACAUCCCCACAGCAGCAAAGGCUCCCCCAGCCCGGGGGUGGUGCUGCCCCCCCAGCCCCGCUCCCAAGGCACUCGGGUUCAAAGAGCACCAAGUGCUCUGCAGUCCUUAAAUAAACAACUCCCAAAAAGUUAGUUUGUGCACAGUGGGGAGGGGGAGGAGGAUGAAGGAUUUGCUCUGCUAGGGCCCCACAUGUCAACAAUUUCUCUGCUUUGUGUAUUUUGGCCAAAGUGCUCACCAUGAUAAAUGAAUAAAGGAAAAUGGCGAGCCCAGGGCGGUUA